GAUUUUCAGAUGAAUUUUUCACGUUUUUUGUGUGUCAAAAAUACCCGAGAAAGACUACAGAGCAUUUAUAACCAAAGCUCUUACCUUUAACCUCACAACUACAGAAACUGCAAAACCACAAACAUCACUCCACUUCACAACACAAAAUCUCAAAAUCUCAAAACCCAAUACAAAAUUAAAAAAAUUAUAUAAAAAAAACCCAUGUCUUUCAUGAUGAGCUUAACGCCUGGCAUCCCAUCAUCAUCCUCAUCCUCAUCACCCUCAGCACCAUCAUCACCACCGCUCUCUUCACCGCCGGCAUCACUUCCGGUCCGUACGAUCCCAGGAACCUACGGCUGGCCGCUGCUAGGGCCCAUCUCAGACCGCCUGGACUACUUCUGGUUCCAAGGCCCUGAAACCUUCUUCAAAAAACGCACUGACAAGUACAAGAGCACUGUGUACCGUACAAAUGUCCCUCCGAGCUUUCCUCUGUUUCUCAACGUCAACCCCAACGUUGUGGCUGUUCUGGACUGCAAGUCCUUCUCGUACCUCUUCGACAUGGACUUGGUCGAGAAGAAGAAUAUUCUUGUUGGUGACUUCAUGCCCAGUGUUAGCUUUACAGGGGGCUUGAGGACCUGUGCCUACCUUGAUUCCACUGAACCACAACACGCUAAGAUCAAGAACUUUGCCAUGGAUAUCUUGAAAAGAAGCUCCAAGGUUUGGGUACCUGAGCUCACUGCUAACCUCUCCACCAUGUUUGACACAAUAGAAGCAGAAGUGUCCAAGGAUGGGAGUGCCAGCUACUUGAUCCCACUACAGAAAUUCAUUUUCAAUUUCCUCACAAAAUGCUUAGUUGGUGCUGACACAGCAAGCUCACCCAAGAUAGCUGAGUCCGGCUAUGCCAUGCUCGACCGGUGGCUCGCCCUCCAACUCCUCCCCACUGUCAAGAUUGGUUUGCUUCAGCCUCUGGAGGAGAUUCUCCUCCAUUCUUUUGCAUACCCAUCUUUUCUUGUGAGUGGAGACUACAACAAGCUUUUCCAAUUUGUUAAGGAACAAGGUAAAGAAGUAGUGAAGAGAGGUGAAACCGAGUUUGGACUGAGCCAAGAAGAAGUAAUUCACAACCUUCUGUUUGUGCUUGGUUUCAAUGGGUUUGGUGGGUUCUCUGUCUUUCUACCAACGUUAAUAAGCACAAUAGCUAGUGACACCACCGGCUUACAAGACAAAAUAGUCAAAGAAGUCAGAGAAAAGGCGGGUUCAACUUUGACUUUAGACUCAGUAAAAAAUUUGCCACUGGUUCAGUCUGUAGUAUACGAAACACUCCGGUGCAACCCGCCGGUUCCUCUCCAAUUCGCCCGGGCCAGGAAGGACUUUCAACUCAGUUCGCAUGACUCGGUUUUUGACAUCAAGAAGGGUGAGUUGCUUUGUGGGUAUCAACCACAGGUGAUGAAGGAUGAGAAAGUUUUUGAUGAACCAGAGACUUUUCAACCGGACCGGUUCUUGAAAAAUCAGGAGUUACUGAACUACUUGUACUGGUCCAAUGGACCGCAGACCGGCUCACCAAGCCAGUACAACAAACAGUGUGCUGGAAAGGACACUGUGCCCCUCACGGCUUCCUUGUUUGUUGCUUAUGUGUUUCAAAGAUAUGAUUCAAUCACUGGGACCGCAACUUCAAUCACAGCCCUUGAGAAGGCCAAGUAAGAGAGCAAUGUGAGUGAUCACAGUCGUAGAAAUGGGGAUGUGAUGGAUGAUGAAAUAAUGUAUUUGUCUGUUUUUGUAAAUUUGGUGUCGUUCAGGGGUUUGUAGUAAAUUAAAGCGGACAGAUACUUGAGGGAAAAGGGCAAGUUGGGUGUGCCUAGAAUCAUUAAAUAAAAGUGAAUAAGAAUGUAAAGAAGGGUUUAUUGUGGUGGGGUGGAUCAAGGGUUGCCCCCACUCCACUUGUACU